AUCUGGUUCCAGGGCAGCCAGAGGGGACACGGUUGGCGGCGACACCGCAGGGGGGCGGGUCAGGAAGUGGGGGCGCGGCGGCCGGGAGCGGGCCUGGGGCGGCCGAGGGGUUCGGAGACGCGGAGGGCGGGCGACUGCGGGCCUCGCGGGAGCCGGAGGGGCGCCCCGGCCUCCGCGGAGAUGAUGGCGGAAGAAGAAGGACCAGCUGUAGAACUGCGCCAAAGGAAAAAGCCAAAGUCUUCAGAAAAUAAAGAAUCUGCCAAAGAAAAGAAAAUCAAUGUUACUUCAAUUCCUGAAAGAGCUCCAAGAUAUGUGUUAUUUCAGCGUUUUGCAAAGAUUUUCAUUGGCUGUCUUGCAGCAGUUACUAGUGGAAUGAUGUAUGCUCUCUACUUAUCAGCAUAUCAUGAACGGAAAUUCUGGUUUUCCAACAGGCAGGAACUUGAACGGGAAAUCACAUUUCAGGGUGACAGUGCCAUUUAUUACUCUUAUUAUAAAGAUAUGUUAAAGGCACCUUCAUUUGAAAGAGGUGUUUAUGAUUUGACACACAAUAAUAAAACCAUAUCUCUGAAAACUAUCAAUGCAGUGCAGCAAAUGUCUCUGUAUCCAGAACUUAUUGCAAGCAUCUUAUAUCAAGCAACUGGUAGCAAUGAGGUUAUUGAGCCAGUAUAUUUCUAUAUUGGCAUUGUUUUUGGAUUGCAAGGAAUAUAUGUUACUGCUUUAUUUGUUACAAGUUGGCUUAUGAGUGGAACCUGGCUAGCAGGAAUGCUUACUGUUGCAUGGUUCAUUAUAAACAGGGUAGAUACAACAAGAAUUGAAUACUCCAUUCCUUUAAGAGAAAACUGGGCACUGCCAUAUUUUGCAUGCCAAGUUGCUGCACUUACAGGAUAUUUAAAAAGCAACUUGAAUACUUAUGGAGAGAGGUUUUGCUACUUAUUGAUGAGUGCUUCAACUUACACAUUUAUGAUGAUAUGGGAGUACAGCCACUAUCUCUUGUUUCUCCAAGCAAUAUCUCUGUUCUUACUGGAUAGUUUUUUACUGGAACAAAGUGACAAGGUUCAUGAAGUUUAUAAAAUCUAUAUAUUUUCUAUCUUUCUGGGAUAUUUACUGCAGUUUGAGAAUUCAUCUUUAUUGGUGUCUCCUUUGUUAAGUUUAGUAGUAGCCUUAAUGUUUGUUAAGUGCCUUCAGCUGAAUGUGAAGAAAGGAACUUUUGUAGCUAAAAUAAUGGAAGUGAUUAAUUUUUAUCUGGUGUGUACUCUGACAGUGACAUUGAAUAUUAUAAUGAAGAUGUUUGUCCCACACCAAGAAAAUGGGCAUAUGCUGAAGUUCCUUGAAGUAAAAUUUGGACUAAAUAUGACUAAGAAUUUUACAAUGAAUUGGCUCCUUUGUCAAGAAUCCCUGCAGGCACCAUCUCAAGAUUUUUUUUUGAGAUUGACACAAUCUUCUUUAUUACCUUUCUAUAUUUUAGUGUUAUUUAUUUGUUUAUUUUCUAUGAUGCAAGUUGUUUUUAGGAGGAUUAAUGGUAAAUCGCCGAAAGAAACUGUUACUCUUGAAGAUGGACGAAUCGGAGAAAGGCCAGAAAUAAUUUUUCAUGUGAUUCACACUAUUUUGUUUGGUUCUCUUGCAAUGAUUAUGGAAGGCUUGAAAUAUCUAUGGACUCCUUAUGUGUGCAUGUUAGCAGCAUUUGGUGUAUGCUCUCCCGAACUUUGGAUGACGCUUUUCAAGUGGCUUCGGUUGCGAACUAUACACCCGGUAUUGUUGGCACUUAUUCUGAGCAUGGCUGUACCAACUAUAAUAGGUCUCAGCUUAUGGAAAGAGUUUUUUCCAAGAUUAAUGACAGAAUUAACGGAACUACAAGAAUUUUAUGAUCCAGAUACAGUGGAACUUAUGACAUGGAUAAAACGGCAAGCUCCAGUUGCAGCUGUGUUUGCAGGGAGCCCACAGUUAAUGGGUGCAAUUAAAUUAUGCACUGGAUGGAUGGUGACAAGCCUGCCUCUUUACAAUGAUGAUGAUCUUCUCAAGAGAAAUGAAAAUAUCUAUCAAAUCUAUUCCAAGCGGUCUGCUGAAGAUAUUUAUAAAAUACUGACAUCCUACAAGGCUAAUUACUUAAUUGUAGAGGAUUCUAUCUGCAAUGAAGUGGGAACCAUGAGAGGCUGCAGGGUUAAAGAUUUAUUAGAUGUUGCAAAUGGCCAUAUGGUUUGUGAAGAAGGUGACAAGUUAACCUACUCAAAAUAUGGGCGAUUUUGUCAUGAGGUCAAAAUUAACUAUUCCCCAUAUGUGAAUUACUUCACUAGAGUAUACUGGAACAGAUCCUAUUUUGUAUAUAAAAUCAACACUGUGAUAUCCUUUCAGUCUUGAAAAUUAGCAGAGCCUUCAUUUCAAAGACUUACAUCAACUGAAGGAAAAUUCUUUUCUUCCACCUACAUGGUAUCUUUUGGAAAUCAGAAUAUGGACAUUUAAAGUGUUGCUGCUGCUUUUCCCCUCCUACUGUUAACUGAAUCCAGAAGUUCUGUGGGGAAAUAGAAGAUCAAGCAUCACUGACCUCUGGUAAUAAGUCAGAACUAGCACUUUGCAAUAUUAUAGCCUGAUGUUUUCCUUGUUGCUACAUGGUGUUUAAAGGUUUUAUCAUCUAAACUGUUGCAAAUUUUUCCUCAUAAAUUUUCCUUCUAUAAUAACAUUGAUCCUGAAUUUGAAUAUGUUCAAGGUCAUAUUAUAUCUCUCAAAUAUAACAUUUAAUAAAUACUUACUGUGAUAUAAUUAAAAGAAUAGAAGGAAAGACUUCUUAUACUUAAGGCAGUUUCUGAAAGGUUUUCAUGAUUUAUAGAAGUGAAUAAUUGCAAUAGAGAACUAAUUUAAAUGUUGUACGAAAAUGUAUGGCAUUUAAAUUAAAAUAGAAAUUAUGUAAAGAAAGUGAUUUUUAAGGAUAUAUGUAUAAAGAUAUGGAUUUUCCAUGAUACUGUUUUCAUCAUCUGCUGCUUAUGUAAAAAUGAGCACUUUGUCAGUAAUAUGUAGUGCAUGAUACUGCAUUUUAUUAUUUUAUGACUCAAUUAAAUGGUUAGCUUUUUUUACUUACACCCAUAAAUUGGAUGCUACUUAAUCAUGAUAAAACAAUAAUUUUUGUGACCUAUAUAUAUUUUUAAAAUAGACAUUUAAAAGAAGGUUCAGUUUUUUAAGAAAUAUGGAAUGGAGUAUAUAAUCUAUUCACAUGUUUUUUACUGAAGUAUUAAGUAAAAAUUAAAUUUCUUUCAGAAUAAAAAUAUAUACACUAAAACGAUCAAGAAUUUCUGAAGAUAAUGCACAGAUGCUUUUAAACAUACCUCUGCCACAGAUGUGUUUACUAUAAAACACAAGUGCUUUUAUUUAUGAAACUGUGACAGUUGUCAAUAUUAAUAAUUAUAUCACAAUUAUAAUAAAGUUCACAUCACAGUUUCACAGCCUAAAUGUUAUGUUCCUUUAAGUUAAACAUUUUUUAUAUUUUAAAUCAUUAAUUAAAAUCCUAAAUGGUUAAUUUGGACUUUUUGAAAGAGAUUCAGAAAGGGAAUAGAAGGAGGGGGGAUCUUUUUUGUUAUUUUUGGGCUUUUAAGCAUUGGAACCAAAGGCCAAAUAAUAAACAGCCAUUACUUUUAAGAAAUAAAGAUUGCAGGUAGAUGUACCAUUUUAAUACUAAAGGAUAUAUGUUUUGUUUUAUCUUGCCUAUCUGUUUAGUGAACAUAUUUUCUAGAUUUUCAUUUGUUUAGAGCUUUAUAAAUUAUAGUUUCAGUACUCUAAACUAUUACAUGAGGAAUAAAUAUCUUUCCACUGUCUUUAUGUGUGUAUAUAUGUGUAUAUAUAUAUUUAAAGUACAAAAGCACAUGUAUCCUUAGACUAACUCUAGGGUGCUCUGCUCUUUUGGAGCUGAAGAAUUGUUUGAUGACAGUCAUCUAUCUGGUACAUUUGUCUUAUUGGUUCUCAUUUCAUGCUUUUAUAUAUAUUUUCUAACAAGAUAGCUGACGGCAAGAUUUUCAGGUUCUCAGUACAUCUCAUCUUAUUAGUACUUAGCUUCAGGCCUUAAUGACUAAAGUUACCUAAGAUAUAGUACAUAGUAGUACUUGUGAUGAGAGCACAAAAAACAAUGUCAUUUAAAGUCAGCUUGCAUAUUUUGGAAGGGAGCUAUACUUUCCCUACUUAUGUAGCAUGAAAUAUUUGUUUACUUAUGGUGAUCAAUUUGUUUUGCUAAAUCAGUUUUUAUUGUUGUGAGGGUUUUUUUUUUUUCUA